UUCGAAUUCACCCCAUCUUUUGCUUACUCAGUUGAAACCAAUCCUCGUAGCUUAUCGCAGCAACCAUGCUUUCCAAGGUGACCUACAAGCAAUUGCCCACCCACAAUGGGUCGAGAACCAAACCAUGCCACCGAAAAACGAAGGGAGUCUGCGUGAUCUUCCUAGUGAUCUUCGUCUUGGGUGUCGGUCUGCAUCGUGCUGGAUUUACACACUCGUUUUUGGGUACCAGAAAGUGUGCUAGUUAUAGCUUAUCUACCACGGGAGGCUUGCCUACGCACUACACUUUGCCCUCUGGAGACAAGAUUCCUUCGGUCGCUCUUGGUCUGUGGAAAGCGGGAAAGAACCAAGUCGGAAAUGCUGUACAGGCCGCGGUGGAAUCUGGAUACCAGCAUCUCGACGGUGCUUGGAUCUACGGGAACGAAGCGGAGGUGGGCGCCGCGCUGAAACGAACAAAUAUUCCUCGUGAAGAUAUCUGGUUGACUUCCAAGCUGUGGAACUCUUUCCAUGACCCCGAAGAUGUCGAAAGUGCUCUCGAUGCGUCAUUGUCUCGACUCGGGACGGAUUACUUGGACCUCUAUCUUAUUCAUUGGCCUCUUGCGCUUAACAGAGAUGGGUCUGUAUAUAAUCAAGCGCUCACCGACGAUCCGUAUCCUACUUGGAAGAAGCUUGAAGAACUAGUUGAUAAGGGUAAAAUCAGGAAUAUCGGUGUCAGCAAUUUCAACAUCCGCAGGAUCCAAAAUUUGACCGCUAACCCAUUGAAAUAUCCACCCGCGGUUAACCAGGUCGAGAUCAAUUUCUGGUUCCCACAAGCCGAGUUGCUAGCCUGGUCUAAAGAGUACGGACUCUUGUUAGAAGCGUAUUCCCCUCUUGGAGGCGAUGGACGUGUCGGAGAGACACUCUCUGUUCCUGUGGUCAAGGAAAUCGCCGCUGAACUCGGCAUCACUCCCGCUCAAGUCAUCAAUUCAUGGCAUGUCCAGCGCGGGACCGUCGUCCUUCCGAAGAGCGUAACCCCAUGUAGAGUGGAAGAAAAUUUACAUAUCACGAAGCUUCCCGAUGAACUCUUUGAGAAGCUGGAGACAGCCGCGAUAUCGCACGAACCGAAGAGAGGAGUGAAUCCGAGCAAAAGCUGGGGUAUUGAUUUUGACAUCUUCGAUUGAGAAUGGAAAUGCGCUCUAUGGGAAUCAAACUCUACAGUUGUCUAGAUUGAAGAUCAUGAUGUCCUGUGCACCAAUCUUGACCAAAUCGUCCAUGAUAUCUGCAAAUUUC